AUGGGACUUUCGAAGAAGAAUGACCCGAAUGUAGGCCCUCCAGCGCCAACGCACGCUGGCCAAGCCCCUCCUCUUCAGCACCCACCGGAUGAAGCGCCCCAACAAUACCCACCAGCAAGUGCCCCUGAUGCGGCAGAGCCCAGCAACCCAUGCCCUUUCCCUCCCCAGGCAGCAGCCUUCCACCCUCCGCCUCAACCUACAGUCCCUUUCCCAGCACCAGCACAGCAUCAGCCACGUUACCCUGCUCCAGCAACCUGCCCGCCGUCCGGUCCCCAACAGCCCAAUCAGGCACCCACGCCGGUGCAAGGGUUUGCUUGUGAGAACCCAUAUGGGCCGAAGCCGGUAACCUACCCGCCGUCCGGUCCCCAACAGCCCAAUCAGGCACCCACGCCGGUGCGAGGGUUUGCUAGUGGGAACCCAUAUGGGCCGAAGCCGGUAACCUACCCGCCGUCCGGUCCCCAACAGCCCAAUCAGGCACCCACGCCGGUGCCAGGGUUUGCUUAUGAGAACCCAUAUGGGCCGAAGCCGAUAUCCUACCCGCCGUCCGAUCCCCAACAGCCCAAUCAGGCACCCACGCCGGUGCCAGGGUUUGCUUGUGUGAACCCAUAUGGGCCGAAGCCGGUAACCUACCCGCCGUCCUGUCCCCAACAGCCCAAUCAGGCACCCACGCCGGCAGGUCGCUAUGGUCCUGGUCCACAAUAUUCUGCGGACUGGACGACCGGUCUCUUCGAUUGCUUGGAAGAUCCUAACAGCGCUUUAAUUACUUUCUGCUUGCCUUGCCUGACGUUCGGACAAGUGGCGGAGAUAUUGGACGGCGGACAGACCUCAUGUGCUACCAGCGCAAUGAUGUAUAGUCUAAUCACCUUCGCCUUUACCGCCCCAUGGAUACUGUCCUGCACCUACAGAACGAAGCUUCGAACUAAGUACGGUCUCCCGGAGUCUCCCGCUCCCGACUUCAUUGUUCACUGCCUUUGUGAAACGUGUGCUCUCUGCCAAGAGUAUAGGGAACUCCGCAACAGAGGCCUCGAUCCUGCUCUUGGAUGGCAGGGCAAUAUGAUGCUGCAAUCUCAACCGCAACAGGCCAUGGCUCCCCCGGUGUAUCAAACAAUGAAUAUGUAACCCUUCCCUUUAGUUCUUCGACUCUUUUCUUGGUGUUUGGCAGUGUGGAAAUU